UAUUAUCAACACAAACAUAUAUACAUUAAGUUUGAUAGUUAGUACGUUACAUGAGGAGAAAUCAUCAAAUUUCAUCUAGUUCAUUCUUAUAUUGAUAUGUCCAUUUCCAAACACCGAAGUACACAAACAGAAUAGUGACCGAACCGGAGGACAAUGCUAAGGCGAUGGAAGGAUGGACGAGAUGAUAUAAAGAACGAUAAUAAUAAUAAAGAUGUUAUUUUGAAAUAUAUAUUUUGUACGAAUAUGUUAAGCUUCCGCAUGUAUAAUAGUUACUCCGAUAUUAUCAAUAAAUAAGUAAAGUUUUGUUUAAUGCUCCAUUUUCCGAUUCAAAAAGUUACACCCGUUAACACCGCGAGUCGGAUAUUUGAAUAAAUUCGGCGAACGAGGGAACAUAAACUGUGGAAUAGUGGAAAAGAAUGAGGUACCGUACCGCACCCUUUCGGCCGCCCCACAGGCCACACAUUCCAUUUUAUUCUUUCUUCCACACAAGACGCCUGCCUAUUUCCUUCCUUUCAUUUUCUCUUUUUCCCUUGUCCGUCGUUCCCCUCUCGCUAGCUAGCCAUGGCGGAUCAGCUCACAGACAAUCAGAUCUCUGAGUUCAAGGAAGCAUUCAGCCUGUUUGACAAAGACGGAGAUGGAUGCAUUACUACAAAGGAGCUUGGAACAGUUAUGCGGUCAUUGGGACAGAACCCAACUGAGGCUGAGCUUCAAGAUAUGAUCAAUGAAGUUGAUGCUGAUGGGAAUGGGACUAUUGACUUUCCAGAGUUCCUUAAUCUCAUGGCCCGUAAGAUGAAGGACACAGAUUCUGAGGAGGAGCUGAAGGAAGCCUUCCGGGUGUUUGACAAGGAUCAGAAUGGGUACAUCUCUGCUGCUGAGCUUCGCCACGUCAUGACAAACCUUGGUGAGAAGCUUACCGAUGAGGAGGUUGACGAGAUGAUCCGUGAGGCCGAUGUCGAUGGGGAUGGUCAAAUCAACUAUGAGGAAUUUGUGAAGGUCAUGAUGGCUAAGUGAGAAUACAAUCAACCCUCAAACUUAAUCUUUAGACCGACGUAAAAGAGAGAAAAAUAGAGUACGAAGAAGGAAAACCAGGGCAGAUAAGUUUGAGAUUUCCAAUUUCUUGCUAGGAACCAUACAUUGUUUCGGUGCUUUGCAUGUUUUCCUAUUCUCAUUGUUUUCAAAAUGCGACUUACUUUUUCAGUAUCGUGUUUGCUACAUUCCUUGUUUUUUAAGUUAUGGUUCUUACUUGUUGACUACUUCUGGUGUUUCUUCCUUAAUAUGAGCAUGCCAUUGGAGAACUUGCAUG